GUGUGUCCUUGGCGUCUGCGGGCGGAACACGGGCGGUCUGGGCAGGAAAGCGGCCGGUUCGAGCAUCACUGAAUGAGUACAAUGGGCGUCCUGAGCGUGACAUCCGUGGGCAUGUGGGCGGCGGUGACUCUGCUGUUGAUGAGCGUUUUGCAACCGCCCACGACAGAAGCUGCAGCGGAGCCUUGGAGACGGUGUUGCAGAGGGGGGCGCUUCGUUGCAGGGGCUCUGGGCUUUGCAGGCGGCUAUCUCCUCGGCCACCACCACCACCACCAUGGCGGCGGCGGAGGCUGCGGGGGAUGUGGAGGCGGCUGCGGAGGGUGUGGAGGCGGCUGUGGCUGGUGCGGAGGCGGAUGGUAUGGGCGCAAGAGGAGGAGUCUGGACGAGGUGCUGGACGAGAAGGCGCUGGAGGACCUGUACUUUAAGAUCGCCAAGGAGGACGAGGAGAAGUGCGGCCUGAGGCUGGUGUGCGAGCUGGCGCAGAAGGACCCCAACGACCUCGCCGGCGACGAGACCCUGCUGCUGCUGCCCUACAGAGGCCGCCCGGAGACCUCGUCCUUGCCCCCCUCCUUCGGGCGCUACGACGAGGCGGUGCGGCGCGGGCAGGAGGGCCGCCGCUGCCACGAGAUCUACGACGCCUGCGCCUUCCCCCACGGCGAGCUCAUGGCGCGCUACAGGGCCAACCUCACCAGCGACGACCCCUACGACUUCCUGUUCCCUGAGGAGGCGCUGGAGGUGGAGGUCGGCGAUAAAUGAGGAAGUUUGGAAUAAAGCCUUGGA